AUGUUGCUACAGGCCACUCGUUUUGUACUGAUGUUGCAUUGGCUGGAUCCCAACAAGAAGAUCCGGCGGCAACUCCGAGGAACGGACCCGUGUACCUUGUACUUCGGCGUCAAGUUCUACGCCGCGGACCCCUGCAAGCUCCUGGAGGAGAUAACGAGGUACCAGUUCUUCCUGCAGGUGAAGCAGGACAUUCUUCAGGGGCGGCUGCCGGUGACGUUCGACCUGGCGGCGGAGCUGGGCUCCUACGUGGUGCAGUCGGAACUUGGCGACUACGACCCGCGGAGGCACUCUCCGGGCUACGUGUCGGAGUUUCGUUUCCUCUCCAACCAGACGGUGGAGCUAGAAUCCAGAAUAGCAGAACUUCACAAAGGACUUGUAGGCCAGCUGCCGGCGAUGGCUGAGCUGAGUUAUCUGGACAAAGUGAAGUGGCUGGAAAUGUACGGUGUGGAUCUUCAUCCAGUGUUGAAUGAUGAAAACACGUACGGUUUCGAGACUCCAUCCAAACCUGCGUGCAAACAUUUAUGGAAAUGCUGUGUCGAACAUCACGCGUUCUUUCGCCUUGUCCAAGUUUCGCCAACAACACCGGAUAUUUUUGCGUUGGGGUCACGUUUUAGAUAUAGCGGGCGAACGGAGAAGCAAGCGCAGCGAGACGUGCAGAUGCGCUUACGCAGCCCCCCUCAGUUCGUGAGGACGCCGAGUCGCCGCUACCAGAGGAGGAUCGUUGAGGGUGCACAAGAUUCUCCGAAAGUUGAGGAACACGAGAUCCCUCUUCCAGAAUCGAAACCUGCAGCAGCUCAACAGUCUUCUCAUUAG